CUGAAGGCUGAGGCAGGACUGACUGAAGUCCAGAAGAUGAAUGUUUGUGUGGAGGAAGAGGAGGACAGAGCAGAGUCUGCAGGAUCCACAUGUCUGUCUAUGAAGAGUGACCGGUCUAAAGAUCAACCUCUAUACUUCAGUAAUCAACCUGGACCCUCAGAUUCAAAAGUUCAGUCCAACGGACAGAAAGCAGAGUCUACAGUAUCCAGCUGUCUGUCUAUGAAGAGUGACCGGUCCAAAUAUCUUCUUCCUCCAGACUUCAGUAAUGAACCUGGACCGUCAGACACAAAAGAGAGGAAGAGCAGUCAUGUUUCUGUGGAGGAGCAGCCGUCCUGCUGUGCUUUGUGUCAGGACGUCCUGAAGGAUCCAGUCUCUACCAGCUGUGGACACUGGUUCUGCAGACGGUGCAUCACCUCAUACUGGGACCAGUCUGCUUCAUCAGGAGACUCCUCCUGUCCCCAGUGUGGAAAAAGAUCCAGAACAAGAGCUGGACUGCAGACAGCCAGUCAGAGCAGCUCUGUACAAACAGAUAGUGGUCUGCAGGAAGUUUUAGAUGAACAUAAGAUCAGUCUGAGGAGGAGAUGUGAACGUGUGACUGAAGGAAGUGAUGAAACAGGAAGUGUAACCCUCCUCAACAGGAUCUACACUGAGCUCUACAUCACAGAGGGACAGAGUGAAGAGGUUAAUACCCAGCAUGAGGUGAGGCAGCUUGAGACAGCUUCCAAGAUGGAGACCCUCCAUGAAACUCCAAUCAGGUGCCAGGACAUCUUUAAAGCCUUACCUGGCCAACAGAGAGCCAUCAGAGUGGUUCUGACCAACGGCGUCGCUGGCGUUGGAAAAACCUUCUCAGUGCAGAAGUUCACUCUGGACUGGGCAGAGGGCUCGGAAAACCAAGAUGUCGGUCUGCUGGUUCUGCUCUCGUUCAGAGAGCUGAACUUGAUCAAAGAUGAGCGGCACAGUCUCCUCACGCUGCUCCAUGUUUUCCAUCCAACAUUACAGAAGGUCCCAGCAGAGAAGCUCGCCGUCUGGAAACUGUUGUUCAUCUUUGACGGCCUGGAUGAAAGCAGACUUUCAUUGGAUUUCCACAACAGUGAGGUUGUGUCUGAUGUCACACAGAAGUCAUCAGUCAACCUGCUGCUGACAAACCUCAUCAAGGGGAAUCUGCUUCCCUCUGCUCUCGUCUGGAUAACUUCCCGACCUGCAGCAGCCAAUCAGAUCCCUCCUUCAUGUGUUGACAGGGUAACAGAAGUACGAGGCUUCACUGACGCCCAGAAGGAGGAGUACUUCAGGAGGAGAGUCAGUGAUGAAGAGCUGUCCAGCAGAAUCAUCUCACACAUCAAGACCUCCAGGAGCCUCCACAUCAUGUGUCUAAUCCCAGUCUUCUGCUGGAUCACUGCUACAGUUCUGGAGCACAUGUUGACUACAGAGCAGAGAGGGGAGCUGCCCAAGACCCUGACUGACCUGUACUCACACUUCCUGCUGGUUCAGAUAAAGAGGAAGAAGCAGAAGUACGAUGAGGGACAUGAGACGAGUCCACAGGAGCUGACGGAGGCUUACAGGAAGGUUCUUCUGAAGCUGGGGAGGCUGGCGUUUGAACAGCUGGAGAAAGGAAACAUCAUGUUCUACCAAGAAGACCUGGAGCAGUGUGGUCUUGAUGUCACAGAGGCCUCGGUGUACUCAGGAGUUUGUACAGAGAUCUUCAAAAGAGAGAGUGUGAUCUUCCAGAAAACAGUCUACUGCUUUGUUCAUCUGAGCGUUCAGGAGUUUCUGGCUGCAGUCUACAUGUUCCACUGUUACACCAGCAGGAACUCAGAGGGACUGGAGGACUUCUUGGGGAAAAACUAUGAACAAAAAGACUCAAACGCAAAGUUUCUUAUCAAGAAGUUCUCUAUGUUUUUUGGAUACAUUGACAGCCGUGACCCAUUCCUGACUGACCACCUGAAGAGAGCCAUGGUUAAAUCCCUUAAAAGUAAAAAUGGCCACCUGGACCUGUUUGUUCGCUUCCUUCAUGGCCUCUCUCUGGAGUCCAACCAGAGACUCUUAGGAGGCCUGCUGGGUCAGACAGACAACAGUCCAGAAAUCAUCCAGAAAGCCAUCAACAACCUGAAGAAGAUGAACAGUGAUGAGAUCUCUCCUGACAGAAGCAUCAACAUCUUCCACUGUCUGACGGAGAUGAACGACCACUCAGUACAUCAGGAGAUCCAAGAGUUCCUGAAGUCAGAGAACAGAUCAGAGAAGGAACUCUCUGUGUUCCACUGCUCAGCUCUGGCCUACAUGCUGCAGAUGUCAGAGGAGGUUCUGGAUGAGUUGGACCUGAAGAAGUACAACACAUCAAAGGAGGGACGAGUGAGACUGAUUCCAGCUGUGAGGAACUGCAGAAAGGCUCGACUUUCUGGCUGUGGACUCUCAGAGACUCACUGUGAAGUUGUGGCCUCAGCUCUGAAGUCCAACCCCUCCCAUCUGAGAGAGCUGGACCUGAGUAAAAACAAGCUGCGGGAUUCAGGAGUGAAGCUGCUGUGUGAUUUUCUGGAGAGUCCACACUGUAGACUGGAGACUCUGAGAUUGAGGGGCUGCAGUUUGUCAGAGAUCAGCUGUGCUUCUCUGGCCUCAGCUCUGAAGUCCAACCCCUCCCAUCUGAGAGAGCUGGACCUGAGUGGAAACUACAAGCUGCAGGAUUCAGGAGUGAAGCUGCUAUGUGGUUUUCUGGAGAGUCCAGACUGCAGACUGGAGACUCUGAGAUUGAGGGACUGCAGUUUGUCAGAGAUCAGCUGUGCUUUUCUGGCCUCAGCUCUGAAGUCCAACCCCUCCCAUCUGAGAGAGCUGCAGCUGAGUAACAACAACCUGCAGGAUUCAGGAGUGAAGCUGCUGUGUGGUUUUCUGGAGAGUCCACACUGUAGACUGGAGACUCUGAGAUUGUGGGGCUGCAGUUUGUCAGAGAUCAGCUGUGCUUCUCUGGCCUCAGCUCUGAAGUCCAACCCCUCCCAUCUGAGAGAGCUGGAGCUGAGUGACAACAACCUGCAAGAUUCAGGAGUGAAGCUGCUGUGUGGUUUUCUGGAGAGUCCACACUGUAGACUGGAGACUCUGAGAUUGAGGCACUGCUGGUUGUCAGAGAACAGCUGUGCUUCUCUGGCCUCAGCUCUGAAGUCCAACGCCUCCCAUCUGAGACUGCUGGAGCUGAGUCACAAUGAGCUGCAGGAUUCAGAAGUGAAGCCACUGUCUAAUCUUGUGGAGAAUCCAGACUGCAGACUGAAGACUCUGAGCUGGAAGUUCUGAUCUCUGUCAGAGUGAUGAGAAAGGUGGUGGUGUUGAGAGAGGAUCAGCUGUGUCCUGAUGAUCCAGAGAGGUUGAAGCAGCAGCCACCUCCUCCACCUGUACCUCCACAUGGACUUUAUUUCAUUCAAAUGUUCUGAACACAAAGUGCCUCUGCAGAUUAGUUCUAUUCAUGACUAUAUAACUGCUGAUUAACACAUUUACUUGAUGUUUUCUGUUUUGCUUUCUGUCGCAGCUCCACCAUGUGAGUGUUGAAGUUCAUUUCCACAUAUUUCUAAAUAACAGCGGAAGUAGAUAUUGCAUCUAUAAAGGUACCUCUCUGAUGUUCUGUUAUUACCACCAAUAGAAACCUUUUGUCAUAUUAAAACAGAUAAAUAUUUGCUCAGUAACAAACCGAAAGAAGACGAUAAAACCGGAACAAACAAAAUGUCUGGAUUCAGGUGGUGGAAUAUUUUAUUUUGUAUAUUGUUCAUGUAAAAAAUGUCUGAUGAUUAUAAAUUUGUAACUAUAAAUAGAUUCUAGACAUUAUAGUCAUUAAUCACAUGUAUAAAACUGAUCAAAUUACAGACACGAAUCUUUUUUGUUGGAAAACAAAGAAAUCAUGUGUUUUCAAAACACACUCUGUGUUUCAUGUUAUCUGUAAUUAAAUGCUCAAUAUACUUAUUUUCAGAAUUAAGGUGAAUUAGUUUCCAACGAGAGCUCGCUCAGUCUCAGUAGCAGAAUGAAA